CUACAAUGUUCGUCCCUCUAUCAGGAGCGUGGAGCUCAGGCAGCCUGUGGUGGCGCGGAGCACCUGAGCGCGCGCGCGCACACACACGCUCACACACCUGACCUCUCUAUCUGUGUGUCUGCAACAGUCCACGGAACAUGACUGUGAGAGAAGCAGCGGAGUUGUGCGUAAUGAAGCUCCACGACAGUCUGACAUAAACGCGGAAAAGACUAAAGAAAGAAAAUGGGAACGGCGAGUGAGGACGUGCUCGUGACGCUGCAGAUUCUGCCUGGUUUCUUUUCCAACUGUCUCUUCUUCAUGCUCUAUGACUCUGUGGUGCUGCUGAAGCGCGUCGUGGCGCUGCUCAGCAGCUCCAGGUCCGGAGGUUCCGCUGAGUGGCGCCGCAUGUUCACCUCCGCGGGUCUGCGCUCCAUCUGGCACAGUUUCCUCCUGGACGCGCACAAGCAGGUCAAACUUGGACGUGAAGCACCAAACUCUAAGGUGGUGGCGGUGCCUGGUGGCCCCCGCAGCAACGCCACCACUCUGCUAAACGCUGCCAGGACCCGGAAUGAGGACGAAUGCCAUCUUCUGGAUUUUGAGUCAUUAGACCGCCCUCUGGUGGUCAACUUUGGCUCAGCCACCUGACCCCCCUUCAUCAGUCAUCUGCCAGCUUUCCGGCAGCUGGUGGAGGACUUCAGUGACGUGGCCGACUUCCUGCUGGUGUACAUUGACGAGGCUCACCCGUCUGACGGCUGGGUGGCUCCUCCCAUGGGGUCGUCCUCUUUCAAUGUACGUAAGCACCAGAACCUGGAGGAGAGGCUGGGAGCAGCGCGGAAGCUCACGGAGCACUUCUCGCUGCCGCCACAGUGCCGGCUGGUGGCAGACUGCAUGGACAACAAUGCUAACGUGGCGUACGGCGUGGCCAAUGAACGGGUGUGCAUAGUGCAGCACAAAAAGAUUGCUUACCUGGGGGGGAAAGGCCCUUUCUUCUACAGUCUGAAGGACGUGCGGCAGUGGCUCGAGCAGAGCUACGGUAAACGGUAGGAGAAGAGGACGACUGUGAACUCAGGCCAAAACUGCCCCCACUCUGAGACCAGCACUUAAAAAACAAAGACACAGAUCACGUCUCUGCUUCACCUGGAUUUAUGCCGGCUAAUAAUCAAAUAACUCAAGUUAGGAAGAGCUCAAACGUUCCUAUUUUUAUGAACCUGUUUCUUUAAGGUUUUUUAAUGUCACCUUCGUAUUCACUAUUUCAGCAUCUUCAAAUCAAUCAUUCUUUUCCUUUCUGGGAAAAAAUUAAUUGAUACAAAAUUGUUCGAGGGCUAUUUUUUUUAUAGUGCCCAUAAAAAGUAUUUUCCUGUGUACAGCACUGAACCAGAGUCCAUCAAAUGUGGCUUUGAUGGACUUGACGGACAACAACAACAACAACAACAACAACAACAACAACAAGAGCCUUUUACACGCAUGUAGUCCACAGACACGGGUUGGACUCUGGCAGCUGGAGGUUUGGCUUCUGACACCAAACAUGUUUCCUGUGUAGCUUUGACGACACUCGGCUAUAAUGUCCAUGGGACCAAAUGAAUCCGACAAUUCCACGUGACAAUUAUUCUGACUAAACAGCAAUUCACAUGCACUUAUAUCACUUUACCUUAUAUUUAGGUGAGAAACAAAGAGAGGAUACUGUAUAUCCAUUAAUCCAUCGUCCACAUGAGGGUCAGGGGCUGCUGGUGCCAAUCCCAGCUGACACAGGGUGAAAGGCAAUGGACAAGCAUUCACUCACACACUACAGGCAAUGUAGAAAAGAUCUGUCCAACAAAUGCACUGACCUGCAUUUUUCCAUGUUUUUCUUCUGUGCACAGGCUGCUUGUUUCAUUUCCUGGUGUAAACCUGGAGGGUGGAGACUAGUUUGAGUCCAAAACUCUGGUCCAACUUAACGCACACAUGCGGUGGUAAUUCCACUCCUAAUCACAUCAUCUGUUAGUCUGAGUUAGUUCGAUUCAGUCGGACGAACAUGUUUACUUGUAUUUUAAAGUGACAAUAGAUUCUUCUCCUAAUGUCAUGUUAAUGUACUGACUCCAGUCUGACUGUGUGACAUUAUUUCAUUUAACUUCUUUUGUUGUUGUGAAAAACAUGUUGUUGUGAUGCAUCAGUCAUCUGCCACAUGGUAUGGUAUACAUGGUGUACAUGGUAUAUACAUGGUAUACAUGGUAUAUACAUGAUAUACAUGGUAUACAUGGUAUAUACAUGGUAUAUACAUGGUAUACAUGGUAUAUACAUGGUAUACAUGGUAUACAUGAUAUAUACAUGGUAUACAUGGUAUAUACAUGGUAUACAUGGUAUACAUGGUAUAUACAUGGUAUAUACAUGGUAUACAUGGUGUACAUGAUAUAUACAUGGUAUACAUGGUGGGGGUGUGGGCUGUGCCUGAUGACCACCUCAGUGUGAUGAAAUCAGCAGAUCAGUGUGAUGAAAUCAGCAGGUCAGUGUGAUGAAAUCAGCAGAUCAGUGUGAUGAAAUCAGCAGGUCAGUGUGAGAACAGACUGCAGGUGUUGAAGAGAAAGCGACAGAAGACCAGCUGACUGUCGUGGGUGGAGCUUACUUUACUGGACUAUUUUCCUCUGGUACCUCAGGGUAACGAUCACGUGAUGGAAGCACGGCUCUGACCAUGUUGUGAUUCUGUUCCCAUGAGAUGUGGCAGAUUUGACAUUGAUCCAGGUCAUCAUUGGAUGACCUGGAUCACAAAGUAGAUUUGCAACUAGUUAACUCUGGGUUUACUUGUGUGUUCAGUUGAUUAACACGACACAGAGAAGAAGAACGUCGUUGAUAUGAAAUGAGACCUAAAGAUCAUGUCCAGAUUAUUCACUGCUGCUGUGUGAAUGUUGGGACACAGUUGACCAAAGUGCUUCUCAAAAUAAAAGCAUUACACAGCAGCUCAUCAAGAUAAGCAGAAGCUGCAACUUCACGCUAUUUCUAAACAUCAUCAUUUAUUCACAGUUAACUUUUACUUUUACUGAUUCAGCAGAUUUUCCAGCUCCCUCAAACAUAAACAACUUUAUUGUAGAGCUGCAACUAACGAUUAUUUUCAUAAUCGAUUAAUCUGUCGAUUAUUUUCUCGAUCAAUCAAUGAAUCGUUUGGUGUUCAGAAUAUUAGAAAAACUUAAAAAAUGUGGAUCGGUGUUUGUCAAACCUGGAAAUGAUGAUGUUCUCCAAUGUCUUGUUUUGUCCACAAACUUUUGAUGAUUUCUUUGUUAUCCAGAGCAAAGAAAUGAAGAAAAUAUUCUCAUUCACAAUCAGAAAUCUUUUUUUUAAUCUUGAAAAAAACUUCAAACCGAUUAUUCGAUUAUCAAAAUAGUUGCCGAUUGAUUUAGUAAUUGAUUAAUAACUGAUUCAUCAAUGAAUCAUUUCAGCUCUACUUUAUUGUCACAUUAAAACUGUGCAGUUAAAGCACAGUUAUCUACGUAUAAUUCUAACUUUGCUGUUGUCAUGUGACUGACAUUGUCCCCGUCAGGAUCCUGUAGGAGUGAGGACUUUUGUUUUUCGGUAGAUAAUCUGAGCCUUUAAAGUGGCUGCUUCAGAGCAGAUUAGACUCAGCAUCGGUUACCAUGGUGAUUCAUUGACACAGGGAAAUCUGAGUUAAACCCAGAGAUAAGAGGAGAAGCCCACAGAAGAAUAACAUACUAAUCCUGCUUUGUGAUCCAGGCCUCCAGCCUAGAUUCACUCACUCACUCACUAACUAACUAAAUAACAAGCAGCAAAACAGUGUCAAAGUUACAGUAGAAACUAGUCAAGACUCCACACACGGUCAAGAAGGUCAAGAAGGAGACUAUGAGGAAGUGAAAGGACAGACGGAGAUUUAAAGGUUUGAAUUUGUCUGGAUGAAAUGAAAAGUAUAAGAAAACUGAGACGUUGGUGGAGUGUGUGCUGUGGAGGACGCACAGAUGCUUUAGUUCUGGUCUCAGUGACAAAGGUGUGCCAAUGAAAGCCUUUGGUGAAAGAGUCCCAGACUCGGCCUCUGGUUGGAUGUGAACUGCACCUGGUCAGUGAAGACUAGAACCAUUUCAUCUGUGUGUGCUCAAACACACCUGUAUCUCUGUGACUAUUUCAAUAACUGGCCUUUUCUUAUUCCUGUUUAGUGCAAGGUUUUAUUUUUCUAGUGUCAAAGGAAAGUAAUAAAGUCAGUGUUUGCUA